CUUGAGUGUCUAGCCUUGAGUGAUGCUGCAACUGCUGCUAUUGAUGAAACAAGUAGAAGGAAAAGUUUGAACAUUUUCUGCUUGGAGGGCAAACAGGUUGUACAUCCUCGUAGGGGCAAGCCUAUGGUGAAUGGCCGUGGAAGAAGCUCUGCGCCUCGGCCCCUUUAAAUCUCUACGCCCCGCCCUCUCCCCCGGAGCGCUCUCAACCUCUUUAACUGCUCGGACUCCGAGCUGAGGCGGAGAAUCAGAACCGCAUUUCGGGUCAGUCGUGAUCUGACGUUGAACCCUCGCUAUGGGUUUGGAUAGUAGCACCUAACAGGACGUUUGUUUAUGUAUUUAUUGUGUUUUUUUCUUUUAUCCGACUCGGGAGCUCGAAUGGACGCCGCUGGAGUGGAGGAGCGGGAGGUAGAAGCCUCCGCGCGUUUGAGUUGCCUGUCCGGAGCGGAGGGGCAUGUCGGAUCCGGCUGAAUGGAAGCGGAGGUGGCGGAAAGAGGAUCAAGUGAACUUUAGCUCGGCGAUUUCUCCUUUUUCCCUCCCACAUCUGCCUGAAGACACAGCAGAGGAUUCCCGAUGAGAAGCCCUCACCGGCGGGGCGGCUGCGCGAUGGUGACCGUGACGAUGAGUAAGAGCGCCGAGUGGUUACAGGAGGAGCUGGAGUCCGGGGCCGCCGCGCUUCUGCUGCUCGACUGCCGGCCGCACGAACUCUACGAAUCGUCGCACGUCGAGGCGGCCAUCAACGUGGCCAUCCCGGGCCUCAUGCUGCGCAGGCUGAAGAAAGGCAAUCUGCCCAUCCGCUCCAUCAUCCCCAACAACGAGGACAAGGACAAGUUCGUCAAGCGCUGCAAAAGCGACGUGGUGCUACUGUACGACGAGGCCGGCCCCGAGCGACUGGAGUCCGGGCUAGGGAGUUCCGUGCUCGGGCUGCUCCUGCAGAAACUCCGGGACGACGGCUGCAAGGCUUUCUACCUGGAAGGAGGGUUCAAUAAAUUCCAGUCAGAGUUCCCCGAACACUGCGAGACCAACUUGGACUGUUCAUGUCCCAGCAGCUCCCCGCCAUCGUCUGUUCUUGGGCUGGGAGGCCUCCGCAUCAGCUCCGACUGCUCAGACGGUGAAUCGGAUCGUGAGCCGGGCAGUGCCACAGAAUCUGAGGGCAGCCCGCUGCCCAACAACCAACCAGCAUUCCCUGUCCAGAUCCUGCCAUAUUUGUACCUGGGCUGCGCCAAAGACUCAGCCAAUCUGGACGUGCUCAGCAAGUAUAACAUCAAGUAUAUCCUCAAUGUGACGCCCAACCUCCCCAACAUGUUUGAACACGAAGGGGACUUCAAGUACAAACAGAUCCCCAUCUCGGAUCACUGGAGUCAGAACCUCUCACAGUUUUUCCCGGAAGCCAUUUCCUUUAUUGAAGAGGCACGCUCCAAAAAGUGUGGCAUCCUGGUGCACUGCCUGGCAGGUAUCAGUCGUUCAGUGACGGUGACGGUGGCCUACCUGAUGCAGAAGCUGAACCUAUCGCUCAACGACGCCUACGACUUUGUCAAGCGCAAGAAGUCCAACAUUUCACCCAAUUUCAACUUCAUGGGACAGCUGCUGGACUUCGAGCGGACUCUGGGCCUAAACAGCCCGUGCGACAACCAUGCCACGUCGCCCACCAAUGAGCAGCUCUUCUUUACCACGCCCACUAACCACAAUGUUUUCCAACUGGACACGCUGGAAUCAACGUGAGAUCGGCGGAGAAAGGCUGCCCCGUAUCGUUUGGGUUUAGGUGAUCCUGUUACCGCGGUAACCAAGUGGUUGCGCGGAGGCGCUCGCAGCCGCUUUAAUGAAUGUUUUAGCUCCAGGAAGCUGGGAGCCCGGGAACGUCGAGGUCGCAGACGACGCCUCGAAAGCGGGAUGUUUUUAAGAAAGCCAAGGACGGCUUUCUUCAAGCCAAGGAGACUUCUUCGUACAAAGACUUGGGGAGACAAAAAAAAUGGAAAAUACACCGCACUUCCACGGCAAAAUGGAGAACGUGGGGUCUUUGAAAAAUUUCUCAAUGGAGUUUAAGUUUUUAAAAACCAAGGAAUUAACACAUGCACACACACAAGUAUUUGUAUGUGCUGUUUGUAUGGUAUAGCAGAAUGAAAUGUCUACAUUCAUUUUUUUGUAUAUUUUGUGUGCUUUUAUGCACCAGUUUAGAUCAUGUAUUGAUAUAAAUAUAUAUACGUACACACAUGAUGAUUAUAUUGACAAUAAUGGUAUCUUUGGCCAAAACGGUGAGAUUGUUAAACUAAAAUGAUAAGUCGUGUUUGAUGAUAGGAUGCAGUUUGCACUGUCGUGUAGCCAAUUACUUGCUGGCACUGGUGUGCUGCCAUUUCAAGAUAGACAAGGAUGGGUUAGAGAAGCAAGUCCAAAGGUGGUCCGCUUAAAGGGCCAAAUAUUGGGCCUAUGUUUGACUUUUGACCAACUGUAGUUCACACAUAGGUGCGUCCUUCCCUACACUGUCCAACCAGAAGUACCAGUUGUAUGUUUCGCAACUUAACUGCUUUGUUUCAUCAUCGCGCCAUAGCGAGGCUUAACCAAACCGGUUUUACCGACGGCACCAACAUUUUAUACUUUUGAGUCAGACAAGGUGGAAGCACUUAGCUUAUCUCGGCAACCUUUGGCAAAGAAGUGCCUCCUUUCUUGAGUAUGUACAAACUCUUUUUACACGGCAUGUUAAAUCCAGGUUUCUGGUCUGGUUUUGUGACGGAAUGGGGUCUGCAAAUUAUUGCAGGUUGUAGCAGAGCCGUAACACAAGUCUUUUCGGAAAUAGUGUGGGAUUCAUAACAGAAGUGGCUUAGUGCCUGUGUGAUGGGGAACUCCAUAUUGUGUUAGGCGAGUGAAGUUUAAAAUCUGCCAUUCACUUCCUCUGCCUUGUUAAAAGUAUUUCAUAUGCCAGACUCUUUUUAAAACGGUCACUAGUGUGUCACAGGAUUUAAUGUGAAAAGCUUGUGUUACAGCUCUGAUGCGGCCAUUUUGUGGUGUCUUUGUAAAAGUGUAUCGAUGAAAACUGCACUUACUUUAGAACGUUUGGUCUGAAUCACCCUUAAGCCUUGAGUGUACAGUAUAUUGUACAAGAAAAGUAUUCAACCUAAUUGGGUAUAGAUAUAAAUAUAUAUAUUUGAGCGUGAAUAGUAAAUGGACAUAUAUAUUAUAUUGUUUUGUAUACCUGAGCAUGCUGCGGUACUGUAUGACUCAGCCACCAGUUGGAUGUUGCUUUAAAAAAGGAAUAAUGGAGAUUUUGUUGUUUGUUUACAAAAUGGAGGAUUUUUCCAAGACUGAGGCAAAAGCCCGCUUCCCCUUCCAGAUGCCCCCUUUUUGUAGUAGCGGGAGCUAAAGAACGUGUAGCUUUUGUCCAAACGUAAUCCGAACCUCACACAAAAAAAUGUCUAUCUUUUCUCCUUUAUAGUCAACAUGGUUACACGAUUGGCCUCAUCUUAGCGUAUUUAGCAUUGUUAGCUAAAUAUGCUGUAAUAAAAAAUUAAGUAAAUUUAAUAUUUUGAACACAGAUGCUCAAAUGAAUCAUCUUUCAUUUCAUUGCAGGAGGUAAACUGUAAAUUCUACAAAAGGGAAAUAACCUUUGUGUGUAUUAUUUAACUGUGUGAUGCUGACACACAAUAGGCUACAUUUAUUUAAACGUAAAUAGAUUAAAAAAUAAUUAGGUUAGACUUAUAAUUACCGUAAUUUUCGGACUAUAAGGCACACCUGACUGUAAGCCGCCACCCACCAAAUUUGACAUGAAAACGGCAUUGGUUCUUCUAUAAACCACACUGGAUGAUAAGCUGCAGCUUUCCUCACUGUUUUAUAAGAUAUUUACACCAAAAGAUAUUAACCGGAAAAUCAAUAUUUGACAGCAACAUCAUAAGACUGUCUUAAGACCAAAUGAACCACCAUGAAGCUUUGAACCAAUUGGCUGCACAGCAUCAUUGCUUCAAGGAGCAUUUGGCCAUCACUGCUCCCUGGAGGGGGGACAGUCAACCUCUGCUGUGACAUGCUAGCAACACUGUUGUCAUCCAACAUGCCUCCUAACAUGCAUUACAGCACUACAAAUGUAAAUAUCAAUCAAAAUUCAUGUUAUGUGCUAAUUAUUUCUUCAGUUACUGUUCCAGUUGUUUAAUUAUUUGCUAGUUAUGGUAUUUGGUCACACUUUGUUUGACAGUGGCGUCAUAAGCCUGUCAUAAGACUAUUAUAAUUAUGACAUGACACUGCCAUGAAUGCUUAUGACAGUUGGCAUUUUGUGUAAUACAGCAAAUUAUCUUACUUUUGAAUGGAUGUAAAGAUUCGAGCUGGAGUUAGCGACAUAACUCAAAAUGUCCUUAAUGCCCAUGAUAUUGUCAUGUCAUAAUUACGAUGGCCUUAUGGCAGUCUUAUGACGCCACUGUCAAAGAAAGUGUUACCUACAGACCCAAAUAAAUCUACAAAUAAGACGCACUGGACUAUAAGCCACAGGAUUCAAAAUGAGGGAAAAAGUAGGGGCUUAUGGUCCGAAAGUUACGGGAAGUAAAUGUAGGAUUUUGAACACAAAUGCUCAAAUUAAACAUCUUUUAUUUAAUUACAGGAGGUAAUUCUACAAAAGGGACAUUACCUUUAUGUGUAUUGUUUAGCUAUGUGAUGCUGACCUACGAUAGGCUACAUAUAUUUGAACGUACAUGGAGAAAAAAAUAAUACGGCUCAAAUUUUUUUUUAAAGAAAUGAAUGUCAUUAAUUAGUCAUGCUAACUAAAUAAAAUUCGAGAGGAUUUCGAAUGUUAAGUGCUGAAAAAGAUAAUUUGUCAAUUUAUAUUCAAUUGUGUCAAAAUUUCUGAAUUCUGCUCUUGCUCUUUGUGGCAUCAAGUAGUUUUGCUGUGUGACAGUAACUUUUUUAAAAAAAAAGAAUCUUAAUUUGAACAAAUGCAUUGAUUUUACUACUGCCAAAAACCAGAUCUGAAUCCACGCCAAAUUAUAAUUCAGACUACAACAGCAACCUGGUUGUGAGUUUCUUGUGUGAGGUUCAGUGUUUGCAAUUGGAAACCGAACGAUUUUGUUUAUAGUGUUCGGGUGUGAGCAGGGUUGGUCUCAGCUGGCCUUACAAACUCUUUCUGACUGUUGAAAUCUCUUUGUAUCUCAAUUUUUACAAGACAGCUAUGUAAAAAUAUAUAGAAAAUAAUUUGAAUCAAAAUGCAGUAAAAAGUUUUUUUUUUUUUUUUUUUUUUUU